AUGUUUUCCUCACUACGUCAUCAGACGACGUUUACUCGGUUUUUCCUAAACAAUCACGUCAGUGAUUUUCUCCUCCCCCGUUCCCGGUCACGUGCAGCCGCAACGGUCACUACAACAGUGAAACCGAAUGAGACUACACAAAGUGGCCAGCCAACGGAACAAGCACAAACGAUCGAUGGACAACCAUCUUCUAGUUCGGCUAAUAGUGAAAGUCAGAAAACGGACCCUGGUCGAUGGGGUGGCAAGAAUGCCUGGAAGCUGGGUUUUCUCAGUUUAGGAUGUUCGGCUGUGUUUGGCUUCGGUUUUGUUGUGGCUUUGUGGGGUAAGUCAUCUUUCUGUUCGGAUAUCUCUAGCAUUAAAGAUCCAGUCAGUGAGAAAUUGCUCCCAGACCCGGUGCAACCACCCUAUUACCAGCCUCCGUACACAUUGGUUUUAGAGAUCAAUGAUAUUUUGGUUCAUCCAGACUGGAAGUUUCGUACUGGUUGGCGUUUCAAAAAGCGUCCCGCUUUGGAAUUAUUUCUUCAACAGUUAUCCCCAUACUAUGAAGUCGUCGCUUUCACCAACGAGUCCGCUAUGACUGGCGGUCCGGUUCUGAUGCAACUGGACCCACAAGGCCAGUUUAUUCACUACCGUCUGUUUCGGGAGGCUACACGAUACAAGAACGGAAAGCAUAUCAAGGAUUUGUCUUGCCUGAAUCGGGAUUUGUCGCGUGUGAUCCUCAUCGAUUGGGACAAGGAGGCUGCCUCUUUGCAACCGCGGAAUGCACUGAUUAUCAAACGAUGGUCAGGCAACGAAUCCGAUCGUGAACUGAUUGAUUUGGCUGCAUUCUUGCGCAUGCUUGCCAUGGGUCACGUGGAUGAUAUUCGAGAUGUUUUAGAAUACUAUAAAGAGUUCGACGAUCCACUGGCUCUCUUCCGUGAACGGCAUGAACAGUUAAUGGAGGAGGAGGCAAAACGACGCGAAGAGUAUGCCAAAGCUGCGGCGAAACGACCUCGUCCUCGCUUCUCAUUUUCCGGCAUGACUCGAUCAUAA